GCUCCAUCUCUUUGCUUCCCUGUGUUCGAAAAUGGAGAUUGCAGGUGUGCCUGAUAUAACUAUUCCGUUCUGAAGAAACGAGAGUUUGUAACCGUGAAACCGCACAGACUUUCUUUUUUGGCUGGAGACGACGCAGUUCCCUUCUCUUUCUCUCAAGAUAGGUGCACGGAUUCGUCCUUUACUCAGAGAUUCAAGAUGUUUCAUGGAAUAUUGAAACCGAAGUUCUAUUCGAAAUGCAAAUCGGCGAUAAAGUUCACGAAGGUGCGUCUGGAGACGAUAUUGAAGAAAAGGGAUGCGGUGCAGAAGUAUUUGAAGAAUGAUGUUGCUGAUCUUCUUAAGAGCGGUCUCCAUUACAAUGCUUAUGGCAGGGUUGAAGGGCUUUUAGUUGAGCAAAACAGAACAGCCUGUUAUGAAUUUGUUGAUCAGUAUUGUGAUUGUAUCCUGAAGAAUCUGUCAGUCAUGCAAAAAGAAAGGGAAUGCCCUGAGGAGUGCAGAGAGGCCGUGUCAUCUCUAAUACAUGCUGCAGCCAGAUUUGCUGAUUUGCCAGAACUGCGUGAUCUUAGAGGUCUAUUUAGUGAGAAAUAUGGGAACUUCCUUGAAUCUUUUCUCAAUAAAGAGUUUGCUCAGAAGUUGAGGGCAGAGCCACCAACAAAGGAGGUGAAACUUCGGUUAAUGCAUAAUAUUGCUGAAGAGCUUUCUUUAGAAUGGGAUCCUAAGGCUUUGGAACAGAAACUGUUUAAACCACCUCCGCCCAAACAGGAUGGUCCCAGGCACAACCACUCAAAUGAUUCUGAUGAUCAUGGAUACAGCUGGCAUAAAAGCAAGAAUGAUGAUUUCCAGAAAAAGGACAACCGCGAUGAUGAGAACAAACUGAGUAAGAAUAAGGAGUAUACCAAGCCAGGAAGAAAUAGGAGUAACCUUAAUUCUUUGCGUAGUAACAAGGGUGCAGGUACCGAAUACAAGGUGUAUAGCUGCAGUGAAGAUGAAGUGACUGAAAUAAGCAGCAGUGUCAGCACUGAUAAAGAUUUGUCACAUACGUCCCCGAGUUCAGUUGGAAGUGCUUCCGAGGAUGAUGAAAAGAGGAAGCCUUUCGACUACAGAUCUAUUCCGGCACCAUAUGUUACGCCAAAAUUUGCCAAAGAAGCAAGCAGUACACAGGAGUCCAAAAAACUAAGUGGUAGUGUUGCUGAAGAUAAAAGCAGCAGCAAACAAGAUGACUCUGUUGUGGAUGCUAACCCAAAACCAAGAUCGGUCAGGAGAAGACCUUCAAGACUGUUUGAUCAUGAAAGUUUGAGCAGUGUUGAAAACACUGAUGCCACCAGGGUCAAUGCUAAUGCUGUGACUCUAGAAGCAAGGGGGAGACUGCCCCCCAAACGCACAGAAGACGAAGAGGAGAAAAUGAUUGAUGGGCUUUUGAUGCAAUACAGCAAUAAAAAGUCACCAUAUGAAUCAUCAAGUGGCAGGAAAGCUAAUUCAAAAAUUUCUACACAACAAGGAGCUGAUGAAACCAAGGAAGCAACCAGAAGCAGAAAUGCUAAAUCUGAUCAUUUAGGUCCUCGAGCAACCAAAGUAGCAUCUUUUCCCAUGGAGUCAACAACCUCGAACGAGGCAAAAAAGGGGCAUGCUCGGGCAAGUUCACUGCAGCCAGAUAUGCUAGGCAGCCAUGUGCAUCCUAAGCUACCAGACUAUGAUGAUUUGGCAGUUCAGCUUGCAGCGCUUAGAGGGCGAUGAAAGAAAACAACAUUGGGUGCAUAGAUAUUAUCUCAUUUUCAUUCAAUUCUUUUGCACUUCACAACGGAAGGCAUCUAUGGGAAAGUAAGAAGUUGCCAUGUUCUUUCUCUCAGUAGGUGAGUGGGUAUGGAAGCAUCUAGCUUCUCUCAUGUUUUCUUUAAUAUUUCAUUGUAAAAGUGAAACGCAAAGCAUUGUGUUAUAUUCACCAACCAAAAAAAAAAAAAAAAUCUUUUACUUU